GUCGAACGCUCACGCUUGUGCCCUCAGCCUCUGCUAUUUCUCUCUCAACUUUUCGUACCUUUUCUGUUUCUCUGAAUUUGGCUUUUUAGCUGAGCUUUCUUUCUUCGAAGCGAAGGAGAAGAAGAUGUCGGACGACGAGCAUCAUUUCGAAUCCAAGGCCGACGCCGGAGCUUCGAAGACUUACCCUCAGCAGGCCGGUACUAUCCGGAAGAACGGUUACAUCGUCAUCAAAAACCGCCCUUGCAAGGUUGUUGAAGUUUCGACUUCCAAGACUGGCAAGCACGGCCAUGCUAAAUGCCACUUUGUGGGCAUUGAUAUCUUUAACGGAAAGAAGCUUGAAGAUAUUGUUCCUUCUUCCCACAACUGUGAUGUGCCCCAUGUCAAUCGUACCGACUACCAGCUCAUUGAUAUUUCUGAGGAUGGAUUUGUCAGCUUGCUCACUGAGAAUGGAAACACUAAGGAUGACCUGAGGCUUCCAACCGAUGAAAAUCUGCUUACACAGAUCAAGGAUGGAUUCUCUGAGGGAAAGGACUUGGUUGUGUCAGUGAUGUGUGCCAUGGGAGAGGAGCAGAUCUGUGCCCUGAAGGAUAUUGGCCCCAAGUAGCUGUUUGUCAAAGGAGUUGCUUGAGGCUUUUAUAUCUUAUAUAGGGAAUGGACAUGAUAUUGACUUAGCGCGAAGGGAGGAUCAUGAAUUUUAUACUAGAUUCUUGAUAAUAUGUGGCCUCAGGGUUUUUAAGAGAUCACUUUGAUGUUGAGGUGUUCUGAGUUCUUGUUUCUGUUUGAUUACUGUCUGAACCCGUUCUGUUAUUCUGUGUGGGCCAUAAUUAAUCUGGCAAGGAAGUGUAUAAACUUGUAGCACCUUCAACUGUUGUGAAGUUGCGAAAUUUAGUUUCACAAGUGAAUGAAUUGAUUCUCCUAGUUA